AUAAAAUGUGUUAAAAAAGGUUAAAAUUCAAUUAAUGCUUAAAAUUUGACUCUCGCACACUUUUAAAUAAUUUAAAAACUAGCCUUUGUGUACUUUUAUCAGCACCGACUUAUCUUUAUAAUCUCUCUGAGAAAUGGAAUUUUAUUUUCGGAAUGCGACUUUAUUUUGUUUCCAUACUGAAGUCUAUAAACUCUUAUCAAUUGACAUUCAAACUUUGCACAGGAAAGAUGUCAGCAAAGGAGGAAAAUAAACCAAAAAAGUCUCAAUUUGAGACUCCAUUAGUGAAUCCAUUGGUGCACUGGACUAUUUUAAUUUAUGUCACGACCCGAAUAAUUGAAUAUCUCACGGGUACGAGUAAUUUUUGGUCAAGUUCAUGGAACAAGCUGGUUGAUAAUUUGGGUGAUGAUGACUUCAUGUUCAAGGUCGUGUAUACUACAAUUUUCAUUAAUUCGGUAUACUUUGGUGUUGGAACUCUUUAUGUUUUAAUGGACAUAACAAACAAACCACAAUUCUUCAGAAAAUUCAAAACUCAACCAGAGACUCACCUGCCAUUGGAUAUGAAGAAGUUUUGGAAUGCAAUGGUGCAAGUCUUCAUUAAUCAACUUAUAAUCGGUGUUAUUGCUUCAGUCAUUGUGUACAAAAUGGGAGAUAUUAUGAUGGGCGGUACGAUUCGUACAACACCAAGUUUCUUCCGCUUGCUUUUAGAUAUUAUUAGCUUCGGUUUCAUUUAUGAGUUUGCAUUUUAUUAUACUCAUCGGUUACUCCAUCACAAAAAUUUGUAUAAAUAUAUCCACAAGAUGCAUCACGAAUGGACUGCUCCUGUUGCAUUGAUGGCUGGCUACUGUCAUCCAAUUGAGCAUAUUUUUGGAAAUUUAGUUCCAAUAAUGUUGGGAAAUUAUUUAUUAAAAUAUACAUUGGCAUCAACUUGGAUGAUUUAUGGCGUAGCUAUCGUAACAACACUUGGAGACCACUCAGGUUAUCACUUGCCAUACCUUCACAGCCCUCAAUUCCAUGACUAUCAUCAUUUAAAAUUUAUUGAAAAUUUCGGCGCAUCAGGAUUCCUUGAUAAAUUCCAUGGAACAUGCAGCAAAUUUGAAGAAUCAAUUCAGAAACAAAGGCACAGAACAUUACUUACAUUCAAAUCAUCUAAUGAAUUGUAUCCUGAUAAUAUUUUGAAAAAGGAUAAGUAAGGAUGAAAAUAAAGUUUAA